CACUAUCGAGUUGUGUUGUGUCCUUGUGUUUGUGGGAAGGAGAAGAAACCCACACAGUCCCGCAUCUUGACUUUUGAAAUUAUUAAGCGAAUGAAUAAACUCUCACCCGAUUCCAAUUAAUUCGUGAAAACGAAACAAUACUAUUGAUUGCCUCGCUGUUUCAAUCUAAUAAUCACUUUUCCGCUUAUCCGAAACGCGAUUAAUUCUUCGAAAUGGUUUCCUACAUCCACAUCUUGGUCUACGGAGUCGGAGGAUUAGUCGUCGCCGGCAUGGCAUUGCUUGUAGCGUUUCAAGAGAAACUCGUUUACGUUCCUGUUAUACCAGGUCUCACCAAAUCAUACGCUAUCAAUCCUUCUCGUCUUAGACUCACCUAUGAAGAUAUCUGGCUCACUUCUUCCGAUGGUGUUCGUCUUCACGCUUGGUUCAUCAAGCUUUUCCCUGAUACUACAGGUCCAACCAUUUUGUUUUUUCAAGAAAAUGCUGGAAAUAUCGCUCACCGCCUUGAAAUGGUUCGCACUAUGUUGGAGCACUUACAAUGCAAUGUUUUCUUGCUUUCUUACCGAGGUUAUGGAGAAAGUGAUGGCUAUCCUUCUCAGCAUGGAAUUACUAAGGAUGCUCAGGCUGCAUUGGAUCAUCUUUCUCAGAGGUCUGAUAUUGAUACAUCUAGAAUAGUUGUAUUUGGACGAUCACUUGGGGGGGCAGUUGGAGCUGUACUAACAAGAAAUAACCCUGACAAGGUUGCUGGACUGAUACUCGAAAACACUUUUACUUCUAUAUUGGAUAUGGCUGGAGUUUUGUUACCCGUUUUGAAGUAUUUUAUUGGAGGUACCGGUUCAAAAGGUCUUAAGAUACUCAAUUUUGUUGUACGUUCUCCGUGGAAUACUAUUGACGUUGUUGGCGAGAUCAAGCAGCCUAUCCUUUUUCUUUCUGGAUUGCAAGAUGAGAUGGUCCCUGCAUCACAUAUGCAAAUGCUAUAUGCUAAGGCAGCUACUCGUAAUAAGCAGUGUCUUUUUGUGGAGUUCCCUAACGGCAUGCAUAUGGAUACUUGGAUGACUGGUGGCGAUCACUACUGGAGAACAAUUCAACAGUUUCUUGAACAACAUGCUCCAGAGAAAAAGGAAGGCAGAUCGUCUCAAACUGGAAAUGAUGCUGGGGCUAGGUGACUUGCUGACAUUAGAUUAUUGCAAUGAUACUAAUUGGCUAACUAAGGAUUCAAACAGUUUCUGCCCUUUGAAGUUGCAGCCCGGAAGAGCCCUCUUUGAAAAGAUGCUUUCUACUAGGACAUCCCGCGCUGCAUCAGGCUAUUUCAUUGGACAAUUUUUGAUUGGAUUGUGGUUUUCAGAACUUGGAAGACGCCCGGUCAAUUUGGGGUUGCUUUUGCUAUACUGUAAAUCAUCUACAGUUUGGAUGCCUAAUUAAAUUAAAUUUGACAAGUGUCAUGUAGAAUAAUUUAUCAUAUCCAUAUAUACAUAUGUAUGUACUGUUAUUUAUGCAAUGCGUUCUUAUCUUUCC